AAUAAAAAAUCAAACCAACCGGACACGCUGCUUCUUCUUCUUCUCCUUUGUUCACUUGAACUAUUCGGCAAUAACCACAAGAAUUGCGGCAAUGAACGCUCCCGUUAUGGAUGUGCAAAUUGCUGUGGAUGGUAGCAUUGAAAGAGCGGAAUUCUCUGCAGGAGGGGAAGUUAGUCCAUCUGAAACCGAUAGAAUUCGAGAACCAAAUGAAGGGAUGACAUUUGACUCUGAAGCAGCAGCAAGAGCAUUUUAUGUAGAGUAUGCUGGGAGGGCGGGGUUUAUAACCCGUGUGUUGUCAUCCCGUAAGUCUGAGCGUGAUGGUUCGACUAUAUCACGAGGACUCGGGUGUAGAGGGAUUCCUGAUACUCAGAAGAUAGGAAACGCUGCAACUGUAAAGCGAGAUAGACGACGCAAAAGCUGUGCAGCAAUGAUCCUAAUGAAGAGAGAAAAACCCGGGACAUGGGUGGUAAGAAAGUUUGUGAAGGACCAUAAUCAUCCCCUGAUGGUGUCACUCCCCAAGAGACAUUCAACUUUCGACGAGAAAGACAAGAAAAUUCAGGAACUAACAGCAGAACUUCGAGUCAAGAAACGGCUCAGUGCAGCCUACAGGGAACACCUGCUUGGUAUUAUGAAAGAUGUUGAAAGCCACAGCGAGCAUCUGUCUUCCAAAGUUCAAGCCAUUCGUGACAAUCUUAGAUCCCUCGACGCUAAAAGGCAGGAGCUUUUUACCCGCGAGAGACCUUAGAAGGUUGGCCGACGUUUCCUCUUCAGUCAAAUUAUGGAGCACGCAGACCUCUUACCUGCAAGAUGCUAUGGCUUG